AUGGACAACACCUCAACUUUAGUGUUCACUCUGUCUGGUUUAAAUGGUACAGAGAAGUACAGGAUCCCUCUGUUUGUUGUAACAUUUCUGUGUUACAGUUUAAUCUGGGUGGCAAAUGUGACCAUUAUAGUGACUAUUAUUAUGGAUAAGAACUUCCAUGAGCCUAUGUAUAUUUGUCUGUGUAACCUGUGCGUCAAUGGACUGUUUGGCACUGCAGGUUUUUUCCCAAAGUUCCUCAGUGAUCUUUUAUCCUCUGCUCAUGUUAUUUCAUACGCUGGCUGUCUGUUGCAGGGAUUUGUGGUCCAUGCCUCUCUUACCGCUGAUUUAUCUAUUCUUUUACUUAUGGCUUUUGACCGAUAUGUGGCAAUUUGUCGACCUCUAAUGUACCACUCUGUAAUGACAAGACAAAGACUUUCAGUAAUGAUAUUUUUUUCUUGGUUUAUUCCACUGCAGCUUAAUGCUUUAGGCCCAAUUGCAACAUCAACUAUAAGGCUCUGUGGGUCACAUAUACCAAAGCUUUACUGCAUUAACUUUUUAGUAAACAGACUUGCUUGUACUCCCUUUAUAGCAGAUAUUAUAAUCCCAUCUUUUAAUUACACAUUUUACCUUGGCCAUUUCGUUGUUGUUUUUUUGUCCUAUAUUAACAUCAUAAAAACAUGCCUAAAAUCAAGGGAGGGCUGGGACAAAUUUAUGAAGACAUGUUUGCCACACAUUAUAUGCCUCAUAAUCUUUACUGUGUCAAUAACGUUUGACUUGAUGUACGUUAGAUUUGGUUCAAAUUUAGCAGAGGGUGUGAAAAAUUUUCUUGCAAUUGAAUGUCUUAUUAUUCCCCCAUUAUUCAACCCUGUUAUAUAUGGCCUAAAGCUGACAAAAAUUAGAAACAGACUACUACAAACUGUUAGGCUUAACCCAAAAUAG